AUGGCGGCGCCCGAAGUUCACCACCUUUUUCACAACCCGAUUGCCGACCACUCGUUCUCGGCGGACCACAAGACGCUGGCCGUUGCGCGCGAUACCGCCGUCGAACUCUACGCCAAGGUUGGCAAUGUCUUCAAGCUGAAGGACGAGCUCAAGGGCCACGACAAGACCGUUACCAGCAUCGACAUUGCUCCCAACUCUGGACGCAUCGUGUCGUGCUCACAGGACCGGAACGCCCUCGUCUGGGAGCCCACCCCGCAGGGCUACAAACCGACCCUCGUCCUGCUGCGUAUCAACCGCGCCGCCACCUUUGUCCGCUGGUCGCCCUCCGAGACCAAGUUCGCCGUUGGUUCCGGAGACCGCCUCAUUGCCGUUUGCUAUUUUGAGGAGGAGAACGACUGGUGGGUCUCGAAACACCUCAAGAAGCCCAUCCGUAGCACCAUCACCACGGUCGCUUGGCACCCCAACUCGGUGCUUCUCGCCGCCGGCUCGACCGAUGCCCACGCCCGCGUCUUCUCUAGCUUCAUCAAAGGCGUCGAUGCCCGGCCAGAGCCUACCGCUUGGGGCGAGCGGCUCCCCUUCAACACCGUCUGCGGCGAGUACAUGAACAACUCGGCCGGAUGGGUGCACUCGGUCGCCUUCUCCCCCAGUGGCGAUGCACUCGCCUUUGCCGCCCACGACAGCAGCAUCACGGUCGUCUACCCGAGCGCCCCCGAGCAGCCGCCUAAGGCGGUCAUCAGCAUCAACACGCAGCUGCUGCCCUUUAUGAGCCUGAUCUGGAACGGCGAGGCCGAGAUCAUCGCUGCCGGGUACGACUGCGAGGCGUUCCGCUUUAGGGGCGGCAUCGACGGCUGGCAGCUGAGCGGUGCUGUAGAAACCAAGGGGCGGCCUGGCCUGGGCGACCAGCGUGAGGAGUCCGCGCUGAACAUGUUCCGGCAGAUGGAUCUCAAGGGCAAGGUCAAAGACGACACCCAGCUGAAGACGGUUCAUCAGAACACUAUCACCAUGAUUCGGCCGUAUGAGGCAUCCGGAGAUGCCGUGAAGAAGUUCAGCUCGAGCGGUGUGGAUGGGCGCAUUGUCAUCUGGACCGUCUAG